AUGUCGGCGGAGGAGAUGGUGCAGAUCCGCCUGGAGGACCGCUGCUACCCGGUGAGCAAGAGGAAGCUCAUCGAGCAGAGCGAUUACUUCCGCGCCCUCUACCGCUCCGGCAUGCGGGAGGCCCUGAGCCAGGAAGCUGGCGGCCCAGAGGUGCAGCAGCUGCGCGGCCUCAGCGCGCCGGGCCUGCGGCUGGUGCUGGACUUCAUCAAUGCCGGCGGGGCCCGCGAAGGCUGGCUCCUGGGCCCGCGGGGGGAGAAGGGCGGAGGGCUGGAGGAGGAAGAGGACAUGGACGAGGUGAGCCUGCUGUCUGAGCUGGUGGAAGCAGCCUCCUUCCUGCAGGUCACGUCCCUACUGCAGCUGCUGCUGUCCCAAGUGCGGCUCAACAACUGCCUGGAAAUGUACCGCCUGGCGCAGGUGUACGGGCUUCCAGACCUGCAGGAGGCCUGCCUGCGCUUCAUGGUCGUCCACUUCCACGAGGUGCUGUGCAAGCCCCAGUUCCACCUCCUGGUGUCUCCUCCCCAAGCUCCGGGGGACAUCAGCCUGAAGCAGAGGCUGAGGGAGGCCCGGAUGACUGGGACUCCUGUCCUUGUAGCCCUGGGGGACUUCCUGGGAGGACCCCUGGCCCCUCAUCCCUACCAGGGAGAGCCCCCGUCCAUGCUCAGGUAUGAGGAGAUGACUGAGCGUUGGUUCCCGCUGGCCAAUAACCUUCCUCCCGAUCUGGUGAAUGUCAGGGGUUAUGGGUCAGCCAUCCUGGACAACUACCUCUUCAUAGUGGGCGGGUACAGAAUCACUAGCCAGGAGAUCUCCGCUGCACAUUCCUACAACCCCAGCACCAACGAGUGGCUCCAGGUGGCCUCCAUGAACCAGAAGAGGUCUAACUUCAAACUCGUGGCUGUUAAUUCAAAACUCUAUGCCAUUGGCGGGCAGGCCGUUUCUAAUGUUGAGUGUUACAAUCCUGAGCAGGAUGCAUGGAAUUUUGUGGCACCCUUACCAAAUCCUCUGGCCGAAUUCUCUGCGUGUGAGUGUAAGGGGAAAAUUUAUGUCAUUGGAGGAUAUACUACCAGAGACCGAAACAUGAACAUUUUGCAGUACUGCCCCUCUUCAGACAUCUGGACGCUCUUUGAAACAUGUGAUGUUCACAUUCGCAAGCAGCAGAUGGUGUCUGUGGAGGAAACCAUCUACAUUGUGGGGGGAUGUCUCCACGAACUGGGGCCCAACCGGAGGAGCAGCCAGAGCGAGGACAUGCUCACUGUGCAGUCCUACAACACUGUCACCCGGCAGUGGCUCUACCUCAAGGAGAACACAUCCAAAUCCGGGCUUAACUUGACUUGCGCGCUCCACAAUGACGGCAUCUACAUCAUGAGCAGGGACGUGACCCUGUCCACCAGCUUGGAGCACCGAGUUUUCCUCAAGUACAAUAUCUUUUCAGAUAGCUGGGAAGCAUUUCGGCGAUUCCCAGCCUUUGGACAUAACUUGCUGGUUUCUUCUCUUUAUCUGCCCAAUAAAGCAGAAACAUGACUGAAUUGACUUCGUACUUCAAACAAACCUGGUUCAAGACCAAAAAAAGGAGAAACAAAAAACAACAAAGGGAGACUGAUUUCUAAAGGGAAAAAAAUGUGGGCUAGAGUAGGUCACGGAUAUAUACCAGUAGCAGCUGUAAAUAAGCUUACUUGAAAACUUGUGGAAAAAGAGACCAACUUUAUUAUUUUUUAAAUUAUUGAUUUUUAAAUUAUGGGAACAAAUCCAUGAUAAUGUUUUCAUCCAAACACAAUAUUCUUGGGUCAGUGAUGGAAACUUAGCAUUAAAAAAUGGGUUCAGGGGCUGGGAAUAUAGCCCAGUUGGUAAAGUGCUUGCCUCAUAUGCACAAGGCCCUGGGUUCAAUCCCCAGCACCACUAAAAAAAGUAAGUGGAUUCAUUGGGUCUGCUUGGUAAAGGGCCAAAGUCAAUGAUAGACAUGAAUGGUAAAGAUGAUUUUAAAAUCUGUUUUAUUUAGGUCACUUUAAAUAUCAGUAGUACCUUAAGUAGGAGACUUUAAAUUAUCAAUUUACUUGAUAAUAACUUUGUUAUUCUCCCUCCUCUCCCCGUCUUACCCACAGGUACUUCUAAUGUGUUUAAAAUAGGGUUCCAUGUUCAUAUAUUUUAUUUGCACACUACUUUUCAGGAAACCUCCAAUGAUGGAACCCUAGAGUGAAUCCUUGCAAGAGUCAGUCCACCCAAAAUUUGUUUAAAACAUUCUCAGUUUUCUUAUCUUUUUUUUUUCAGUUAUGAAUGACAAAAUAAAUAGAUUGAUAAAACCUCUUUACUUCAUA